AUGCAAAAUAUUGAUUUAAUUUGAAAUAAAAUCUGGAAUACAAACAUGAUGCACAAUGAACAUGAAUUUGAGGAUUUUGUUUUAUUUGAAGACGAUCUUCAUUGUACAUCAAAAUUUAAAGAGCAACUAAAUUAUUUUAGAACAUCAAAUAAAUUCACUGAUAUUACUGUUAUUGCUUUAGAUGGUAAGAGUUUUAUGGCACAUAAAGUUGUAUUAGCUGCAUCAUGCCCAUAUUUUCGUCAAAAGUUGGAAGAAAAUCCAAUUGCCAAAAGCCUAUCAGAACGGAUUGAUUCAAAUUCAUUAAAAUUGAUUUUAGAAUUUAUUUAUAGUCGAAAAGUUCAUAUUUCAAAAGAAAAUGCAUGUGAAAUUCAUAGAGCAGCAAGUCGAUAUCAAUUUUUGGAUUUAGCAUAUAAAGCAUUGGAAAUUAUGAUUAAUAAUAUAUUACCAGAAACAAGUUUACGAUAUUGGCGAUAUUCCACUGAAAAAAGUAUUGAAAACUUGAAACAAUAUUGCUUGGAAUUCGUUAGAGCUGACACUGAAAUAUUUCUUGAACAUCAUAUCAAUUCAUUAUUUUACGAAGAGAUUUAUCAAAUUUGUUCUAUGCGAAAUUUAUCGUGUCCAAUUGAUGUUCUUUAUCACUAUGCAAUUAAUAUUUGGCUUAAAAAUGAUUUUUUAGCACGAAGAGUUUAUAUAAGACAAUUGCUUUCAUUUUUCAAUAUUAAUUAUUUACCAUAUCAAUUUGUUGAAGAAGAAAUUCUUACUGAUCAAGUAUUGUUGCAGAAUGAAGAAUUUCAAAAAUGGAAGUCUGUAUACAAACCAAGGAAAUUUCCAAAUUAACCAAAAUGAAUAAAAUUUUUUAUAAAAAUUAUUUUGUUCCAAUACACACUACCCAUCAUUUAUUUUAGUGGGUUAAUUUUUUUUUUUGGAGAAUGUUCUAUUUUUAAAAGAUAAAACUUUAUUCAG